AUGCCUCCCAACCCCACGGCAGAGGCGGUGCGGCAGCCCCUGACCACGCGCAACAUCGUCAGGCCCACCCGUGUCGGCGGCGAUGGCCUCGGCGGCGCCGUGGCAGGUGCCACGGGCGCUGGCGCCCCCGGCGACGACCACGACCACUCGCUCGCCAAGUCGCCGCAAAAGAGGGCGCAGGUGCCCGUCUACACUCGACCCUCGCUCAUCCCCAGGCCCAAGGCCGCUCAGGACGCCUCGGUGGCCCCGCCGGCGACGGCGGCCACGGCGCGUGCCAUGGCCGGCAGGAUGCACAGGGCAGCCCUGCCCCGCCUCGCCAGGCUGCCCGAGGCCGAUUUCGCCGCUGCUGCUGCUGCCGCCGCCGCUCCGGCCCACGGCGAGCCCAGCCCGCGCGACCACAUCACAACGCCAAAGAAGCGCGCCGUUCCAGUCGAGGAUGUCCACGUCCGCAACGCUCCCGGAGGCGGCAGCCCCAGCAAGCGCAGCCGCUCCUCCAAGAGCGGCACCGGGAGCAGCACCCACGAGCCCAGCACCGGCACCACCACCAGCCUGGCCCAGGACCUGAGCGGCGUCAAGGUGGCCGAGGCGACCACGACGACUGCCCCAGGUGGCGUCCCGGCGCUCGUCUCGACCGCCACCACCGCCGCCGCCAGCUCCAGCCAUGUAAGCAAACAUGCCUCGGUGACGACGCCCGGUGCCGCCCAUGCUGCUGCGCCUGCGCCUGCGCCUGCCCCUGCCGCCAUCGUCCGCCCCAUCCGCCCCAUGCACUCUGUCGCAGCGUCCAACACCAAGGCCACCACGACCCGCAUCGACCGCCAGUCGAGGGUGACGGACCAGGAGCGCGCCGCCCGCGACCGCCAGGCGUUUGAGGAACGCAAGAUCUGGAGGCACAAGUUCAAAAAGGCCUUUCCCAGCUUCGUCUUCUACUUCGACGCCUUUGACGAGGCCACGGUCAAGGACCUCACCGGCGUCAUCCAGUCGCUCGGCGGUUCUGUCGACCAGUUCUUCUCGCGCAAUGUCACGCACCUCAUCACCACCCGACUCGUCCCCUCGGCCACGGCCAAGACGGAGCGCCACGAGGACGGCAAGGAAAACAGCCCGACCAAGGAAGGCGCGACGCGGGAUGGCGCCCGUCACAAGCUGCUCCGGCCGACAGUGUCCAAGUCGAGGCUCUCGCCGACCAAAGGCUCCGCCGCUGCCGCCGCUGCCGCCGCCGCCGUCGCCGGCGGCGAGCGCCCGCCGCGCAACAGCCAGCCGCUCUACUCGGAGCGCAACCCCUUUGACGACGCCGGGCCCCCCGCCUCGGGAUCCAACGACAUCCUGCUCAAGGCGCAGAGCUUCGGCAUGAAGGUGUGGCGCCACGACAAGCUCACGACGAUCCUGCGGAUGCUCGUCGACGAGCCGGUCGUGUCGGCGGCGACGGCAGCGGCGGCGGCGGCCGCCCACGGCGCUGCGGCGGCCGGCAAGCAGCAUGACCUCUCGCAGAUGCUGGAGCGCGAGAAGCUCUACGGCACCCACGAGCGCGAUCCCAACGCUAGCCGCAACGACCACCAUUACUUCCGAAAGGGCAACUUCUACCUGCUAGUGGAGGACGCCACAAUGGAGCACCGUCCCAUCAUGUGCUCCGAGUUCGAGUACGGCCGGCAGCAGCAGCAGGAGGGCCUCGAGCCGCCCUGGCCCGUCCUCUACGGCGAGCUCGAGGGCCGCUGCCCCUUUACCCGUUACGACCUCACCGAGCAGCAGCGCAACCGCAUCGGCCGCGGCCGCAACGUGCACACGACGCUGCGCCGCGCCGUGUCGCUGAGCAACAUGGCGCGCAGGCACACGGGUCCGCCGUCGCCGCGACCGCCGAACGAAGGAUUCCUCGAGACGCCCCGCGGAGGUGGCUACGGUGGCGCCAACGACCACCACCACCACCACCACCACCCACAGCCGUACCAGCUCGCUUCGGGCAACAGCGUUUCGAUCACGUCCAACAUCGCCUCGACCACGUCGACCGCCUUGACGGACCAGGUCGGCACCAUUGCCGGUCUGCCGCAGGACCGCCGCGUCGCCGAGCUCAACCGCCGCAUGCAUACGCCGCUCGCCCACAGCCCUACGACUCGGCUGCCGGCCAGCCCAGCGAGCUUUAUCGCCGGCGCCGACAACAGCGGUGGCAGCGGCCUGGGCAUCACGGCCGCCGACGUCGGCAGUGGCUCCGGGUCGAGCAUGGCCACGCCGGGCGGCUACGGAGGCAGGGGCGGCGCAGGCGACGCUGCCAACCCGCACCACAAUACGCCGGCCGCGGCCGCCCACUCUCGCGGUGCCGUCGUGAGGCGGAUGCUGGGCAUGACGGAGCACGACGCCAAGCGCCCCUCGGUGCUUGCGCAGCAGCACGUGCAGCAGCAGCAGCAGCAGGCGGGGAUCCGCCGCUCGGUCAGCACCAGCGCCGUCGUCCCGGUCCGGCCGCAGGAGAAGCGGCCCGGCUACUGCGAAAACUGCCGGAUCAAGUACGACAACUUUGAUGACCACGUCAUCAGCCGCAAGCACCGCAAGUUUGCCGUCGACGACUCCAACUUUGUCGACAUCGACCAGCUCAUCCUGCGCGUCCAGCGGCCCCUCGGCGCCGGCUACAUGGGCUACUCGGGCGACGAGGGCGAGGGCGAGUGCGAAGCCGGACACGUCGGCGGCGACGAGGCAGCCUGGCAGCACUACGGCGGCUCGGCCCACGGCUACGGCGACGCCGAUGCCGAUGGCGAGGGUGAGGUCGACAUGGACCGCACGCUCGUCGAUGCCGCCGAGUACGACGACGAUGCCGCCGAGGGCGGAGGCUUCUACGAGGAGCACGAGGUCCAGUACGGCGACGGGGAUGGCGACGGCGACGAAGAGGCCGAGUACGAAGAGGAGGAGGAGGUCGAGGGCGACGAUGAAGACGAGGAUGACGAGCACGCCGAGUACGAUGACGACGAGGAUGACGACGACGACGACGACGACGACGAUGAGCGAGGCGAGGGCGCGGGCGACGUCAGGCAGAUCUACGACGAGGAUGCCGAAUGGCACCGCCAGGCGAGCAUCCACUACGCCACGUCGGGCCACGUGUCGCACGCCGCGUCGAACCCGGCCGUGGCCGCGCCCGAGUACCUGCAGGUGCAGAUGCCGGUGCCCCGCACGCCGCUGCCCGCCCUAUCUCGUCGCGCCGCCGAUGCGGCCUACAAUCCGCAGGCGGCCGACGUCAACGAGAUCAGCAGCCCGUACGUCUGA